ACGGGGAAGAAAAACAGCCAAAUCUUCGUAUCAAAAAAAUCCGAAAAACGAGAUCAUUUCCCAUUAUCUAUCUUGUCCAGAUUUUAGGAAUUCACCAUUCACCAGCGCCACCGUGACCGUUAACUUCUUUCUUUACCCUCACCUCCUCCUCCCUCCAAACCGCCAAUUAACCACCACGUAAAUAACCGACAUGACCUGAACAAGGGUUGCGCAACCAAGAAGCAAGCAACAACAUCCCUCCACCACCACCACCACCACCGUUGCCACUACCACUAACACCACCCUUUCCGCAAGAAAAUUUAAUAAAAAUGUCAAUAAUUAGCAGUUUAAAUUGUUCUAACACCUACUUAUUGGGAACCUUUAUCUCGUCGUCUCCUUCAAUCUUAUCUCUUCCUUCGGUUUAUCUUCACCAAAAUCAACAACAGUUGCAGCAGCAACAGCGUCGUUAUUGUUGCGCCAUAAAAACCGGGAGUCAAGAAUCGUACGGCUCUGAUUUGUUGAGGAAGCCAAUUGUCUCCUCACCAUCAUCACAUGAUGACAAUUCUGUCCAAGACGAUACUGAGAAUUUAGAGGCUGAAAAUGAUUAUGAGAAGGUUGCAGAAGGAGAGAGAUGGGUUGAUUGGGAAGACCAAAUUUUAGAGGAUACUGUUCCCCUUGUUGGCUUUGUUAGAAUGAUUCUUCAUUCUGGAACAUACCAAAGUGGAGAUAGAUUAUCUGCGGAACAUGAGAGAACUAUUUUGGAGAGAUUGCUUCCGCAUCAUCCUGAAUACGAAAAGAAAAUCGGAUGUGGAGUUGACUACAUCACUAUUGGAUAUCAUCCACAAUUUCAAGAUUCCCGAUGUAUGUUCAUAAUUCGCAAAGAUGGUGAACUAAUUGACUUCUCAUACUGGAAGUGCAUUAAGGGCUUCAUCAGGAAAAACUACCCGCUCUAUGCAGAAAGCUUCAUUCUCAAGCAUUUUCGACGGCGUAGACGAUACGAGUGAAGCUGGUAUAAAGAAGCUAGAAUUGCGGCUUACUUAAUUUUGUUACAUUUGUUGUAUUGUUUAUAUAUUUGUAUUGAAAAGACUGGAAUGUAAAGAUUUUGAUGAGUAAUACGUAAUGUAAAAUUUGAACAGUCCUUAGGAACGUGGAGCUAUAGGUUGGUUUGAAAGAUGCAUUCCACAGUUUGUACAAGGCCCUUCGACUCCCGGCAGAGUACAGAUACCCAGUUUAAUGAUUGUGUUGGAGCUCCCUUCAUUUAUUUUGGGGAACUUUGUGUGUCCAA